AGUGAGUGUGAAAGACUUUUGCAAGCAUGUGAGUGAAAAAAAAAAGUAUAAAUGUGUGCUUGCAUCUAAUGUCAGGGAAUUCUUGCUCUGGGCAAAUCUGGAAUUGAAUGUCUCAGUUUGUAUUUACUGCAGAUGAAAUAUUUGAUCUUGUAAAAUGCAUUUGUUAAAUUGAAAAAAUUGUAUAGUGAAUUGGACAGUGUGCUGACACCAUAGACACUGCAAAUAGAGUUAGGAAUAGAAAUGAGGGGUGAGAGUGUGUGUGUUUUAAGCCUCUGAGACCCUGACAUUUUGCCUUACAUGCAUUCCUGAAUACUAAGAUAUUUUGUUCUGUCAUUCACUGAGCAAAAGCUUUUUGUACAUCUCUGACCUGCUGUGUAUAAUACAGCUGUAAUUCUCAACUCUGCUGCAACUGAUUUUACAUGUUGGAAUCACUUUGUUUUCAUGUACUGGUUUGGAUUUGCAGUGCUUCUCAAAGUUGUCAGUAUACGCACAUGCAUAUAUGCAGGUUGCAAUAGGUUCAGAAUAAUAGAUCCCGUUAGGGUUGGAAACUGGAGAAAAAUUCGAAAAUGGGGGUACAAAAACUAAAACACUGAAUAAAUAUAGAUAAUAGUCUGCAGAUGCAUUUGGCUAAGUAAUAAAGGCAUUUGGAUGGUGAUGGAAAAUUAAGAUCUGGGGAAUCCUCAUCACAGUGGUUAGGGUCACGGAUGAGUUUAUAUCAGACUUUGUUUUCUUUGGUUUAUGUGUGUGUUUGUAGAUUAAAUGUCUCUAAUCAGACUCUUUAUGUGUGACUGAUUGUGUGUUUGUGAGGUUUUUUUUUUUUUUUGGUCAAGUCUCAAAUGGAUGAAUGAAUAAAUUGAAGGAGAGAAUAAAUACAGAUUUCCAACAUAGCUGUUUUGUUUAGUUUUGGUUUUCUGUCAUACAGAAUACAUAAUUCAAUCAUAUCCCACAUGCUUUUCUUAUACCAAACUGAAAUUUUAAAAGGUAGCGCUUAUGAAAAACAGGCUCAACUGGUAUGGAUUUUCUCUUGUGUCUGUUUUAUGCAAUCAAACAUACUGUGUUUGAGAGCAAAAAUAAUCAGAUUGUAAUUUAAAAAAAUAAAAGAUUGUUUGAACUUAUUAAUUACAAAAAUAAAUGACCUGAUAACAAAACUCUUUGCACUGUGAAUGAAUCUUUCUGGUUGUAGUUCUCACACUUUUCAUUACACAACCAUAAAAACUAAAAAAAACAUGAAACAUUUGCUUACAUAUUUGGCACAUUGUUUAAUAAUAUAUGGUGUAGAGAGUUUUAUCAAUUAUUUUAAGUAGACAUUAAUCAUUUUUUAUUACAAUAUAAAUAAAUUUGCUCUCAGACACUAUGUUUGGUUGCAUAGUAAAAAACAGAAGUAACUCCAUAUACUGGGCAUAUAGCCUACACAACAGAAUCUAAAAUAUUGAACAUUCAUAAAUGCCCAAUCUGAAGUCAUAUGAUAUAUUCUAAUAUAUAUUCUAAUAACUUAAUGUAAUAUAUAAUAACAAUCUGAGUCAGUCAGGAAAAGUCUUGAAAUGGGCCUGGGUCCUCUGAGACUCUAAGAAUAGGUUAUUCUGCCCACCGUGGGACCCAGCGGGCUUGCACACAUGUUCCCAUGACCCUCUAACCACACUCUCUCUCCCUCGCUCACUCCCACGUCACUGGCCGGUUAAAGUAAACGCGCCUCGGCUCGCCUCGCGCUCGCGAUACACGCGUCUGCUAAGGACGGAGACUGAUGGAUUAGUGCGGAAUUAGAUUAGAGUCGCGUAUUUGAAACGGACCGUGAACCAUGAGUCUCCGGUGGAGGAGAAGCUACUGAGGAGAAUGUCUGAGAUAAAUGCUCCCACAGAAAAAGUCUCUAUAACAGCCCCAGAGUUGGAGACUCCCUUAAGGCCAGAUACAGGGCCUGUGAUUGGUGGACUGCGUUUGCGAUCUGCACCAGGGGCUUGUUUGUUAUUUGCAGGUGUUUUGCUGAUAGUAGGCAUCAGCGUCGCUGUGGGGGGGUAUUGGAACAAUCAACCCCGCCGACAAACGCCACAUCAUGUUUCAACUGGACGCACCUCUUCAGAGAAACUGAAGCUGAUUGGUCCUGUCAUCAUGGGGGUGGGGCUUUUUAUCUUUAUUUGUGCCAACACAAUUCUCUAUGAAAAUCGUGACCGAGAACAACGUCAUAAGCGAGACCAACAUAAAGACAACCAGGAGAUCCUACCACUGGUACAAACUCAAAGGAACAGUCAUUCAAAACGGUUCUCACAAACAGAAAUUAACACCAACACGCAUACAUUGGACUUGUCUGAACUCAACAUCCAUUGCUUAGAGGAAGGGGCCGGAAUCCCCACCCUAAAGUGUUCUUCGCCAUCCUCUGGCUCAUGUAGCUCCAGUCAAGUGAACUUGGAAACCGGAUCACCCCUCCGAGAUCGCAGAAACAUGGAAAGAUUGGCAUUGCCUGUCAUUAAAGUCAAUGACUGUCUGAUUGCCUCCUCAGACCCAGUGCCUCCACCUCUCCCUGAUCGGACAUACCGGAACAAGAUGGGAGUGGAAAAUAUAGCAAAUGUGGAGCUAACACAAGUGAAUCUUGCAGAUUCAUCUCUAAUGAUAUUGAACAAAGAAGAGCCAAAGGAUCGGUAGACUUUAACGCCUGCAGUCCACACUAAGGUCCACAUAGUGAAUAUAUUGAAUAUAUUCAAGCCAAAAGAUGUUAGGGUUUAGUAUAGAACAGAUUUCUCUAUUUGAUUCGAUUCUGAUUCAUUUGGGUGUAUUUCCGUUAUAAUGUCCAAUUUGCUUACAGUUCUUUCUUUGCUAAUGCUGUGAUUAUAUAGUGUUUCAGAUGGAGUCAAGCUAAUCUUUUUGAACCCACUUAUUUGCAUGAAUCAGCUUCACUGGUCACGCAGUAUGUUUUUGAUUCACCAAAAAAAACUCAGUCAUUUGUUCGUGAACGGCCACGUAUGUCUGUUUAUACAAGGAGUCAUUUUAUGUUGUCAUAUUGCUGUACAGUCUUUUUUUAUUACAUCACAGUAUACAGAACUCCCAUUUAGCUUAACCAUUUAGGAAUAAUGGAUUGUUACCUGACUUGUGAGAGUUGCAUAAGGCUUUGUAGACUUUUGUUCAUGUGAAUUUUAAGUAAUCAAUUAUACAUUAUCCUAUUUUUUCAUGUGGUGCCACCCACACAAGCCCAAAAGUAUAGAGACUGCGCUAUGUGUCAUUGUGUUUGUAGUGCUGGUCUUUAUAGUUCACAUAAAUGUCAGGGCAAAAAUGAAAGGCGGCCACCUGUGAUACACACAUAAAUAUACACAUGUGCAUGCAUACAGCUGCUCCUUCUCCUGUCUUAACUGUUCUGCAUCCAACAUGUUCAAAUUCUUAGAGACUGAAAGACAAGCUUUAAGCAGUCGCAGUCACAUGCAGUCAUACAGUAGCAAGUAAUCCUCUAUUUUGAUUAGUUUGGGUUAAUCCUGAACAAUGCUAUUGCUGCAAAACCAGUACAGCUAUCUGAUACCCAGCAAAAGUAAUGUGGAUUAAAGUUGCUUUAACAGUUCACUAUACACUAAGGAAUGAGGGUUUGACUGGUCUAGUGAGCCCCUGCUGAUGAACGUUGUAACUAAAUUGUUUUACUUUUGC